UGCGAUUUGAGUCUUCUCAUUUAGUCACAGGAAUUUCAUACACAAGUGGUCGCAAUUAAUAUUCGUCAGUGGCAUCACUGUGAUGAGCCAAGACGACUACCUGUCCCAGUGCCUAAUGGCGCUUGCCGCCGCAUGCCAAGCCGGCUCAACGAGGCAUCGCGGACACGAUGCGCCACCGCCGUCCACAUCGCCCGAGCCCUUGCUCCACUUCCGCUGUCCCUUCUGCGGCAAGGCGUUCGCGUCGUACCAAGCGCUCGGCGGCCACAAGGCGAGCCACCGGAAGCCGCCGGGGAACGAAGGCACAGGACGGAUCCCUCAAAAGGGAGACGCGGAGCCAUCAGCAUCCGGCGGCUCUGGGCGGCACGUCUGCACGGUGUGCCGCAGGGGGUUCGCCACCGGGCAGGCGCUCGGCGGGCACAAGAGGCUCCACUACUUUUACGGGCCGUCGGUGUCGGUGUCGGUGUCGGUGGCGGCGUCGCUGCCCAGUGCAGGGUCUAGCGCGGGUGGUUUAGACCUGAACUUGGUGCCCACGGCGCCGGAGAUUGUAUUUGACGGCGUGAGACGACGCGGCGCGGAUGAGGAGGUGCAGAGCCCCAGCUUGCCGGCCAAGAAGCCACGCCGGCCGUCAAGUUCUGCGUGAACUCUCAAGACUGAAGAGAAGUCACCCGGGAGGCCAUCCAUGCAUGUAUCGAAAACCGUGGGAUUGCUACCGAACCAAUAAUGCGGCCGCACUUGAUUUUGAUGAGAAUAAAGAACUUGGAACUUAUGUUCCUUUAGAUCAUUUUGCACAAAAGAUUACUACUUAAAAAUAUUA